AAGUCGAGUCUUGUCUUGGUAGAGGCUGUGGAGGAAACUAGCACACCACCGUCUCUUUCUCUUCUGCUGUUCUUUCCCCCCCCCCCCGCCCCCCUCAUCUGAGCCAAAUCUGUCGAUCUGUUACUCUUCUUCCAAGCAAAGCUGUUGUUUUUCUGGUUUGUUCUCUCGUUAUAACCCUUUGCCCCUCUUCUCCCGUCACUGCUCGUAGCCAAUCCGUGGGAUCGAUAGGGCUUAGAGCGGCACCGGCCAUGUCCACCGUCGACGUCGAGAGGGGCGCCGCCGCCGCAAGUGGGAAGACCAGGGGAGCCGUGGCCAACGGCUACCGCAUCCCGGGGAACUACCAGUCGCAGUUCUACUACGAUCCCGGGGCGUCGGUGGAGCGGGAGUGGACGUCGUGGAUCGUGCCCCUGGUCGUGGUGGCGAACGUCGCCAUGUUUGUGGCCACGAUGUACAUCAACAACUGCCCUGGCCACCGGAACAUCUACGGUUCCUGUGUCGCCGGAUUCCUCCACCGGUUCUCCUUCCAGCCCCUCCGCGAGAACCCCCUCUUCGGGCCCUCGUCCUCGACAUUGCAGAAGUUGGGUGCUCUAGAAUGGGACAAGGUGGUCCACCAGCAUCAAGGAUGGCGGCUUGUGACUUGCAUGUGGUUGCAUGCUGGUCUUAUACAUCUUCUAGCAAACAUGCUAAGCCUGGUUUUUAUUGGGAUUCGCCUUGAACAGCAAUUUGGAUUUGUCCGGAUUGGUAUAAUAUACCUACUUUCUGGAUUAGGUGGUAGCAUUCUGUCAUCUCUUUUCAUCAGGAAUAGUAUUUCUGUUGGUGCCUCCGGUGCUUUGUUCGGACUUCUUGGAGCAAUGCUGUCAGAACUAAUCACAAACUGGACCAUUUAUACAAACAAGGCUGCUGCUAUGUUAACUCUAUUGGUCAUCAUUGUGAUCAACUUGGCUGUUGGAAUAUUACCACAUGUUGAUAAUUAUGCACACAUUGGAGGAUUUUUGACAGGUUUUCUCCUUGGCUUUGUGUUGUUGCUCCAACCUCGGUUGGGUUGGUUGGAACGCCGCAAUCUGCCUCCUGCAGAUCGGGUUAAAUCGAAAUAUAUCGCAUACCAGUACAUAUUAGGGGUGAUCGCACUGGUUUUGCUAGUUGCUGGAUUUAUUGUUGGCUUGGUAAUGCUAUUCCGAGGAGUGAAUGGGAAUGAUCAUUGUCACUGGUGUCACUACCUGAGUUGUGUGCCGACGUCUCGAUGGAAUUGCGGAAACUGAAGAAAGAAGAACUUGGCGACAGGAGUAAUGCCUAGAUUUUUUAUGUUUCUUCUGUAAAAUUCAUCAGACAUUUAUACUUGAGUGUUAUCCUAUGUUCCAGUUAUUUGUUCAUGGUUACAAGCAGAUCGAGAUUGAUUACCGGAUAUUGGAGUGAUUGACUACAAGUUCUACCAUCACAUGGAAUUUGAUGUAAUUUCAUGGUC